AUGCAAUAUUUAGUAGACUCGGUUGAAGGGCCUGCAGCGCUCAGAGUAAAGGGUCUUCCGUUGACGGGUGCUAGUUUUGACUUGGCUUGGCAAAAAUUGAUGCGCAGGUACGAUAACCCUACGAGACGCAUGCAUACGUAUAUGGAAUUGCUGAUAGAUAUGAAACCGGUUAAGCGGAAAUCUUCGGGAGAGUUGAUCGAGUUACUGGAUAAGGCGGAAGCCGCGCUUAAAACCUUCAAGGAUCUCUCACAAAUUUUCUGGAAACUCGUGCGUCCUCACUUGAUCAGGAUGCAGUCGCCUACCAAACAAUCUAGUCAAAAGGCUUAUGUAAGGGUCCUCAUCAGCUUCAAGCGUGUCCAAGGUUCAAAGAAUCGUUGCGCCAAUUGUAAGGGCAGACACCACACGAAGAUUCACUCGGAUCGACGACAAGGAGGAGAGGCUGCGGAUUCUUCAAAUUCAACAGGUCAGAAGGGCUCUUCUAGCGCGCCUGGCAAGUCAAGUAUGCUGGAGGUAUCAGCAAGUACAACAGUGGUGGGUAGGACCCGGUUGAUGGCCACAGCCAAGAUCUUACUUCAAUCCGUAGAUGGUAAUUUGAUGUACGCUAGAUGCUUGAUUGAUCCGUGUGCAGAAGUCUCUUUUGUCAUGCAAAGAGUUGUGCAAUGUUUGUCCGCAAAGAUUAAGCCUGUUUCUGUGUCUGUGGUUGGUGUCGGUGCAGGUCCUUCUGCGGUGUCAAAGGGUGAAGUUUUUCUUCAAUUAAAGUCCAGGUUGAACACAGAAUUUUGUUUGGAGUUUUCGGCGUUGGUGUUGAGAGAGGUAACGGGAUUUUUGCCGCGAGAGGAGGUCGUAGUGUCCAAUUGGGAUCACAUCUUGCAGCUUGCUGAUCCAGAUUUUGCUUGCUCAAAGCAGAUAGACUGCGUGCUCAGCGCAGAGGUGUACGCUGCUAUCAUUCGGCCAGGGCUCAGAGUUGGUGCAACUGAUACUCCUGUUGCUCAGGAGACCGUUUUUGGGUGGAUUUUGACGGGUAGAGCGUCUUCUGCUCCUGAGUCUGAUACAGCUCAGAGCGCUCAGGCCUGUCAUGUGGAUGUAGAACCAUCAAUUUUGACGUUAUUAGAGAGGUUUUGGGAAAUGGAGGAGAUUUCUACAUCUAAAGUUUUGUCCGAGGAGGAUCAGUAUUGCGAAGAUUAUUUCGCAGAUACUGUUUAUCGGGAUUCCAAGGGCAGAUUUGUCGUUCGCUUACCAUUCCCUGAGAAGUUGUCAGAGGUUUCUUUUGCACACACGAGGCAGAUUGCUGUGGGGUGUUUGCUUCGCUCUGAGAAGCGUCGAGCGCAGGAUUCGAGAGUAGAUAGUGACUAUAGGAAAUUCAUGGAGGAGUAUCUGACUUUAGGUCAUAUGGAGCCUGUAAAUAGUUCGCAUCGAAAGGACAAUACGUUCUAUUUUACUCAUCACCCAGUUUACUCGGCUGAGUCGGAUGUCACGAUUAUUAUUUCGAUGUGGAGAUUUGCGAAGAUUGUAUUUACGGCAGAUAUCGUCAAGGAGUUUAGGCAGAUCCUCAUUCACCCAGAUGACGUUGAUUGGCAAAGAAUAGUCUGGCGUUCUGACGUUUCGAAGCCUAUCGAAGAAUAUAGGUUGUUGACGGUUACGUAUGGUACGCGCUCCGCUCCAUACCUCUCAAUUCGAACUCUUCUUCAGCUAGCGAGUGAGGGAAAUGUAGAGUUUCCCUUAGCUGCGCAGGUGCUCAGACACAAUAUGUAUGUAGAUGAUGCGUUUGUAGGCGCUGACAAUGAGUCUGUGGCCAUUGAGAUUCGGAAUCAGCUGAUCAAGCUUCUGUCAUCAGCAGGUAUGGAGUUGGGUAAAUGGGCGUCAAACAGUUCGGCUAUCGUGGAGGAUAUCCAGGCGGAAAAGCAGAAAGAGUUCGCUGUCGAAUAG